GGGCUUUCGGGGGGUGACGCGCUCCGGUGUGGCGGCAAGCGACCGGGCUGAGUGAGGAGGAGGCCAGUCGACACCAUCCAGAGAGGAGCCGCAGGGAUUUGUGUCACUUUUACGCUCGAUUCGCAACUCCUACUCUGUCGAGAUGUCCGACGACGAGCAGGAGCAGACCAUUGCCGAGGACCUAGUGGUUACCAAGUACAAGAUGGGCGGCGACAUAGCCAACCAGGCUUUGCGUCUGGUUGUGGAAGCGGCCAUGGCCGGAGUGUCUGUGCUCAGCCUAUGUGAGAAGGGCGAUGCCUACAUAAUGGCUGAAACUGGGAAGGUCUUCAAGAAGGAGAAGGAUAUGAAGAAAGGCAUUGCCUUUCCUACCAGCGUCUCGGUUAAUAACUGUGUUUGCCACUUCUCCCCCCUGAAGAGUGACCCUGACUACACACUUAAAGACGGAGAUCUGGUCAAAAUUGACCUCGGCGUUCACGUAGAUGGCUUCAUUACCAACGUUGCUCACAGCUUUGUGGUGGGAGCCUCUAAGGAGAACCCUGUCACAGGCCGCAAAGCUGAUGUUAUCAAAGCGGCCCAUCUGUGCGCCGAAGCCGCGCUUCGCCUCGUCAAACCUGGUAACCAGAACACCCAGGUGACAGAGGCGUGGGGCAAGAUCUCCCAGUCAUUCAAGUGCUCACCUAUCGAGGGUAUGCUGUCUCAUCAGCUAAAGCAGCAUGUCAUCGAUGGAGAGAAGACCAUCAUUCAGAACCCAACAGACCAGCAAAGGAAGGAUCAUGAGAAGGCAGAGUUUGAGGUGCACGAAGUUUACGCUGUGGACGUCUUGGUCAGCACAGGAGAAGGGAAGGCCCGAGAUGGCGGUCUGAGGACCACCAUUUAUAAGCGGGACCCCAGUAAGCAGUACGGCCUGAAGAUGAAGACUUCUCGUACUUUCUUCAGUGAGGUCGAACGGCGCUUUGACGCCAUGCCCUUCACUCUUAGAGCAUUCGAGGAUGAGGCCAAAGCCCGGCUGGGAGUAGUGGAAUGUGCUAAGCAUGAGUUGCUGCAGCCCUUCAGUGUGCUACACGAGAAAGAGGGAGAGCUUGUAGCACAGUUUAAGUUCACAGUGCUGCUGAUGGCCAAUGGACCUCACAGGAUCACCAGCGGGCCCUUUGAGCCAGAGUUCUACAAGUCAGAGCACGAAGUCCAGGACGCAGAGCUCAGGACUUUGUUACAGAGCUCUGCAAGCCGGAAAACGCAGAAGAAAAAGAAAAAGAAGGCCUCAAAGACAGCAGAAAACGCAGCAGGACAGCCAAGUGAGGAAACAGAAGCAGCAGAAUAAAUAACUGCGAUGACACCCAUGCAAGAAGAGCCCAAAGAGAAGCAAGAAAACUACCCCGCUGUCCUCCAGUCACUCUGAAGAGCUGAUUUCACAAUUUGUCCAAUUUAUAAAAGCAAGAACUGGAAGUGAAUAUUUCAUAAGCGACAUUCUGUUUCUUGAACUCAUGGAUGCCAAACCCUUUACUGCAUUACAGAAAAGGACAUAAAGAAAGGUUAAGUGAGUGUGCUUGUUUCUAAAAAAUAAUCCACUUUACUGUACUAGUUACAGCUGAAAUAUUCACCCUCUAAAACAUCUAAAGCUUACAUUGGGCAUUAACGGGACUAACAAUUUGUUUUUGAUGUCCAAAUGUGAUUAAAGAAUUUUUGGAGCUGUUGCUUUCAGCACAUAUCCAAUCGAAAUACACUGUGUGUCUGUGACCAUGUUUCUCUCAAAUUCCUGAAUGACUUGUUCAAUCAUAUCAGUCCUAUUACCCUGUUGUUCAUCGGCCAUUUCGAUGGACAUGCAGUAAAGGGUUGUAUUUGGUGCUUGUCACUCAUGAAAACUGACAGAAUAGUUUCACAAGUGUAGAGUGCAAAUGACAGUAUUUACAAGGUUUGUAUGUCAUAGACAACGUGCGUCAUCUUGGUCAGAGAUCCUAUUUUUGAAAGAAAAUUCCCACUUCCAAGUUGCGAAGUGAAAGUAAAAGGGAAAACAGGUGUUGCGGAACAAAUGCUAAAUUUACUGCCUUUAAAUGUUGACGAGAGAAGCUAUGCAGAUUUUCUGCUUCUGAAGAGAGCAUCUCAGAUUUGAGUGGAGACCUUGUGGGUUCCGAUUUGUCCAAAUGUGCAAUCCUGCAUUGUAGCUCAGUCAGAGGGCAACUUACUUUUCAACAGACUACAACAAACGUUUUCAUAUUCCUUUGUUUUCAAUAAAGGCACAUU